CACCAAGAAAAAAAAGCAAAUGUACACUGAAGAAUAACACAAGAGAGAAGAGAAUACAAAUAACGGCUUGGUAACCACGAUUGCAUAUUUGGACUGAGGAUAAGAGGAUGGAUCUUUGUGGCAUUAAGCUGUGGAUGUUCUUACUUGGAAUUAUUUCACAGAAUGCAGUUCAAGGAAGCACGCUGACCAUCAGCAUCUAUACAGUCACCUCGAAAAGCGCCGUCCUCCGUUGGAGCAGCUUCUCCGGUUCAUCUUCAUACAGGGUCACCGCUUUUCUCCGAAACUCUGUAGAGCCAUCCGUCUUCAGCAGCUUCAGCCAGAACACCCUCAUAGGAUCCAUCAACUCCCUUUCCCCCAACACUGCCUACACCUUUCAGGUAGAGGCUCUGGACGGCUCCAUGACCGUACUGGCUCAGAGUAGUGUGGACGGAUUUACAGCUCCUGAUGUGCCAACCAUCAAGACGGCCUCUUCCAAACAGAGCCAGAAUAUGACGGUGGAGUUUGUGGAAGUCCCUGGAGCUACCUCCUACGUUAUUCGGGCCGAGACCAGCGAUGGCUCCUUUUUCUCUGAGACGUCUGUGCUGGGCUCUCCUGGGACGGUCGUGGGCCUGCAGCCCUACACUGACUAUACUCUCAGCGUCAUCUCUGUCAACAAUGCCGGCAGGAGCCAGCCGUCUGAGUUUGUCCAGGCAAAGACAGUUCUGGCCGCUCCUCAGAUGACCAGCAGCUCCCCCAGCAACAGCAGCAUUGCUGUACUCUGGGCUCCAGUGCCGCACGCUGUGCUUUACAGCCUGAGCAUCAUCCGUGAGGGCUCGUUUCUCCAGAGUCGCGUCAACACCACUAACACCAGCGUCACCAUCGAUAGCCUAGAGGCUGGAACCAACUACUGCAUCAAAGGAAACGCCUGGAGCCCAGAAAGCGUCCCUGGAGACGACUUCACCGUCUGCCAGAUCACACGUCCAUCCACUCCUCAGUCGGUGGUGCUACAGACUGUCAGCGGUAUGACCACGCUCUCUGUGUCGUGGGCCUCGGUGCAUGGGGCAGAUCAGUAUACAGUGAUCAGCUCAUCUGGCCUAAACUGCACAUCCAGCUCCAGUACCUGCACGCUGACCCCACUGAGCUGUGGACAGAUCCAGUACAUCUCUGUCACUGCCAUGAACCAGGCUGGGCCUAGCCUACCGUCAGAUCCACAACAAUUCAUCACAUUCCCGUGUCCUCCACAGCCCCUCCGUGUGGAUGAAAUAGCGGCAGGUAACUGUUCAGUCAUCUGGAGCGCAGUGUCCUACGUGGAUUACUACACAGCCUUCAUCAAGCGAGACGAUGGUACAGAGGAGACGUGCAACUCCACUGGAACUUCCUGUAACUUCAACUGCCACUGUGGAUACUCCUACAUCAUGAGUGUCUUUGCCAACAACCAGGCUGGAUCCAGCCCACCUGGACCUGUCCUAAACCAGACCACCUUGCCAUGCUGUCCAGGAAACAUGUCUGUGUCCAGUCUGUCCUGGGAGUCGGUGAUGAUCUCGUGGAUGGCAGUGCGUGGGGCGGAUGUGUAUGAGACUCGGGCAGUUGAUGCUGACGGAGAGUUGGUGUGUAACGACACAUCACCUGUGUGUGUGCUGUCUGAUCUCACUUGCAACACCAGAUACAGCCUCCUGGUGGCAGCGUGUAAUGACCCACGCGGCUGCAACAGAACCUGCAGCCCACAGACAUACCAAACAGCUCCCUGUAUGCCUGAGAUAGUGCAGGUAACCCAGAGUAACACCAGCUCCAUCAACAUCACCUGGACAUCCGCUAACUCUGCUGCUAAUUACACGGUCAGUGUGAUCGGCUCAGUGGGUAACCCCCUCACCUGUCAGUCUGGCGGGACAUCUUGUACCGUGACUGGACUGCCCUGUGGCACCUCCUAUAGGAUCAAUGCCAUCGCGUCCACUGCAGCUGGGCUCAGCAUGCCCAGUUACAGCGUGCCUUUUGAGACAGCUCCAUGCUGUCCCAAAAACCUGAGUGUGCUUCAAGUGACACAAGCUAUGAGUAACAUCAGCUGGUCAGCGGCUCAGGGAGCUCAGUCCUUUAUAGCAUCUCUGACCUCUUCACGGGGUCAUGCUCAGUGCCACACCACUCAGACUACAUGUCUGAUGGGCUGCAUCACCUGUGGAACAAACUACACUGUCUCACUGGAGGCCAUCAGCUCCUCUGGACACACAGCAGAGUGCACCUACCAUGGAUUCUCCACCAGUGAGUGCUGUCCCUCAGGGAUUCGUCUUUUUAGACGUGCCAAUAACACCCUCCGAGUGCAGUGGAGGUCCAGCAGCCCCCUCAGUAACUACACAGCCCAGGUUACAGGCAGCACAAGCAGCCGUGCUUGCAGCCCCCCGCAGCUGGGUCAGAACACCUGUGACGUCUCUGACGUCACCUGUGGUGAUGUUUACUCAGUAGUGGUCGCUCCAGUUAACCCAGAUGGAACUGUGGUCCAGUUCUGCUCCAGCAGGAUGUACUCUGUUUUCUGCUCUGGCAGUGGUGUUGGAAUGGUUCUCUAUCGAGGGAGGAGGAGUGUGGAUUAGCAAAAGCUUCAAGUGAAAUCUGUCAAAAGAGCACGACUACACUCUUCUGCAUAACAUCCGAAAACCCAGGAAGCAAUUAUUGGUGAAAAUUCUUAAAACAACACAGUAUAACACAAUGUCUUCUUAUCAUGUUGAAGCAAUUAUUAUCUAUAUAAGUAUCGAUACCAAAAUUGUAGACUAUAGCCUAACAGCUUAUUUAAAGCUGUGUAACCAUGAAAGCCAACAAAAUGAGAACAUUAAUAAAAUGUUUAUGAAUUAAUUAUGACAAGGAAACUUAAGGCGAGACACUACAGGUGUAUAGGGUUAUUUUUUAAAACAACAAAUAUCACAAUGAAUCGUUGCAGGUUGAUUACUGAUAUUCUUACAAGUAUAUUUGGUAUUGGAAGUUUUGCAAAGAAAUACAUUUAAAUAUGCAUGUUAUCUUCUUAAAUAAAUUGGUUUCAUUGUGAAGACACUCCAAAGAAAAGAUUUUACAGAACAGCUCAGUGAAAUCUCACUGUUUUAUUGUUUAAUUAGAAAACACUAUGAACUAUUAUCCUAAAACAUCUUUCAAAUAAUUUUUGUAGUACAAAAUCUAGCAAAAAUCCAGCUAUGAGAAAUGUAUUUGGCAAUCUUUCUGUAAUAUCUUUCAGAAUAGAAAUGAACACAUACAAUUUCAUGAAUGUAUAUAUUCCAGAAGCUGAGAUUUUUGUUUCUGAAUGAGCUGAUUUUGAGAAAAAUUAUAUUAAGAAUGGGCCUCAGAACUACAUUACCCAGUGAAGUGUUAGAAAACAUGCACCAUUUAUGUGAAUAUUGUCAAUACUACAAAGGAUAAAGACAUAUUCGCAUAAUUUGUUCAGAUUCUAUAGGAAACAAAUUUUGCAAUGAUAUAUGACACAUGGUUAUGUCAAGUACGGCAGAGUUAAAUUUUGGGAAAAUCCAGCCAGACACAGUCAGGAUGUGGACUGACUGAACACGCUGAAAUAAAUAUCAUUUUUAUGAUUACAAUUUAAGAAAAGACAUAGAUGCAAUAUAUCCGAAAAUCUGAGGAAUGAUUGACGGAACCAUAACCAUAAUUUCUACCUGUAGUGUCUGGCCUUCAGGCAAUGUAUUUAUUUUAAAUCCUGUGUGAGAUAUCCUGUUGUUUAAAGUGUAAUAUGACUGUUUGCUGGGCCGCACAAACUUAGUCUUAAAUUCCUUUUUAUUUUAGCCUUUCGAUUGGCAACGUACAUGUUUAACAUAAAUAGCCACGGCUUGAGAAGGUGUGUUUAUUGAACAUAAAACACAUCGUUCAGGGGUCCCAAAAUAUUCUCAGGGAGAAUGACCAAAGGCCUUUUUACACAUGCACUCUGGGAUACUCUGUUUUUCCCGUUAUUGUGUUAAUUUGAUUUGUUAUCUUUGUAACAAUGCCAUGACCUAUUCAAGACAAAGUACUCCUCCAAUGUAGUACGUAAUACAGUGGAAAUUAGUUUUCUUACCCAACCCAUGUAAGUUCCAGACGUUUAUAAUUUCACACAAAAGGUUAAAAGAUCACACUAAUAUUUUGGCAAUCGGCAAAAAAAUAUGUCAGCCAUGUUGCAUGUUCUUGUAUUAGAAAUUAUUUUGAGGUUUAAAUUUAAAUCAAAUUAAAGAUUCAAGACAUACAGACUCUCCCUAUGUUUUGCGCCUCCAAGGGAAGU